AAAAAAAAAAAAAAAAAAGUAGUUGACAGAACAUUAGUUUCCUCCAAAGUCCAAACCCCAACACGUUCUCUCCGCUCACACACCGUUCUCUUGCCGCCCCCUUUCUUUCUCUUGACGAAUCUCUCGCUUCCUCUACAACAAUGGAAUCUUGGGCUGUUGAGGUUAAAAGUGGUGAAUCAUUUAAGGUAAACAUUAAAGGCAAGUUUUAUUGUCGAAUUUCACAGGCGUCUAUUGGAGAGAUUGAGAAGGAAAAAAAUAAAUCUCACACAACUGGAAACAUGGAAGUGUCAACUUCUAUGGAUCCGGAACCGAUAUAUCUUUCUGAUGAUGAUACAAGUUCUGAUGAUGAUGAGGAUAAUAAGGAUUCCUCUCAUGAUGAUGAAGAGGAAGCUACAAUAAAGAAGCAGUAUGCAAAGGAUAGAUUGGAUGUGUCUGCAAGUAAGGUUACCCGGUAUGGGAGCGUUUUCACGCGUCUUGGGCUGAGGUGGCAGCCUCCCCCACGCGUGAACACCGCCCCCAAGUCUGGUAGGCUGCGUGUGGCGUGA